AUGAGUGUUGGACGGAUAAACCGCUACAGCAUUGUGUCGUCCGAGGAAGAGGGCCUCCGCCUCUCUACCAUGCAUGGCAUGAACGGCUUUGGCAAUGGCAAGAUCCACACACGGCGCAAGUGCCGCAACCGCUUCGUCAAAAAGAAUGGCCAGUGCAACGUGCAGUUUGCCAAUAUGGAAGAUAAGUCGCAGCGCUACAUGGCCGACAUCUUCACCACGUGUGUCGAUAUUCGCUGGCGAUGGAUGCUGGUCGUCUUCACUCUGGUGUUCGUUGUGUCCUGGCUGGCCUUCGGUUUAGCCUUUUGGGUCAUUGCUCUGCUGCACGGAGAUCUGGACAACCCCGCUGGAGAUGACAACUUCACUCCAUGUGUCCUACAGGUCAAUGGAUUUGUAGCAGCCUUUCUGUUCUCCAUUGAAACACAGUCCACCAUAGGGUAUGGCUAUCGCUGUGUCACUGAAGAGUGCCCGGUGGCUGUCUUCAUGGUGGUCUUCCAGUCCAUAGUGGGCUGCAUCAUUGACUGCUUCAUGAUUGGUGCCAUCAUGGCCAAGAUGGCGAGGCCUAAGAAGCGGGCGCAGACACUGUUGUUUAGCCACAAUGCUCUCAUUGCCAUGCGGGAUGGAAAGCUGUGCCUCAUGUGGAGGGUAGGGAACCUCCGCAAAAGUCACAUUGUAGAGGCCCAUGUCAGAGCCCAGCUGAUCAAACCUCGGAUAACAGAUGAGGGGGAAUACAUCCCUCUGGACCAGAUAGACAUUAACGUGGGCUUUGAUAAAGGCCUGGACAGGAUUUUCUUGGUUUCGCCCAUCACUAUUCUCCAUGAGAUAGAUGAGGAGAGCCCCUUGUUUGGGAUCAGCAAACAGGACUUGGAGACAGCGGACUUUGAGAUCGUUGUCAUCUUGGAGGGGAUGGUUGAAGCGACGGCGAUGACCACGCAGGCUCGCAGCUCCUACUUGGCCUCGGAGGUUCUUUGGGGUCACCGUUUCGAGCCUGUCUUGUUUGAGGAGAAGAACGUGUACAAGGUGGAUUACUCUCACUUUCACAAAACCUACGAGGUGCCGUCCACCCCCCGCUGCAGUGCCAAGGAAAUGGUGGAGAACAAGUUCUUAGUCCCCAGCACAAACUCGUUCUGCUAUGAAAACGAGCUUGCCUUCCUAAGAAGCGAGGAAGACGAAGAGGAAGUAGGUGGGAGUAGCAGGCCGCUGGCGAACCUCAGUCCAGACAGAAACAGCCGGCAUGAGUUUGAACGCUUACAGGCCACCAGGGCGCUGGAUCAAAGGUCAUAUCGAAGAGAGUCGGAAAUAUGACCCAUACCCAUUGACCUUGGCUCAACUUUAACCAAGGGGAAAACCACAGAACAAUGCAAAGUGCCAUAGGGAAAGCCGACUGCUGGAAAAUAAAUAUGUUGACACUAAAAGGUACUGGAAGACAUGGGGGAAAUCCGAAGCAGGAAGAUAAGACAAUUGUGGUAAGGAAUGUCUACAAUCAAGGAAAAGGCAUGGAGAAGAACUUCUUCCUGAAUGGAAACUUGAAUCUUUUUUCACAUGGUCACUUUGAGCGUGUUCAAUGAUCAAAAACUAUUAUGACAGAACCUAAUAAUCAAACCUUAGGUGUAAAUAAAUCGCUUAGGUAAGUUAUGUUUUGUGUGCAGUAUCAUCGGUUUCUAUAAACACCGCUCAAAAAAACAAGAUACUAUUUUAACUUCUUCUUGGGCACGAAUAAAAGCGUGACACGGUUUCUUUAAUGCUCUCCUCACAUUGCUGUAGUUUGCUGGACACGUGUUCAAUGACACGUGGGAAAUACGUGCAUUGCGGCUUUUAGAUGCAAUGAGCCGUGAUAAAUUAACAGAGCCACUGAGGAAAACAUAAUUCAAACACUUCAUUUGUAUCACUGCGGAUCCAAAAAUCGACCUAUGGAGGAGAGUGGGGCACUAUUGAUUGCACUAUGAAGAACAUAAGAGUAUGUCGGACAGAAAUUGUAUAGAGAAAAACUCUAUUAAUAACCUCUCAAUGCCUCAUAUCUUAAACAGCAUGACUGGCUGCACUGGUUUGCACAUAUCCUGUCGUGUACAAUCAUUAGUAGUCAGGUAAAACAAAACUAAAGCACAAAUGGUUGGACAGUCGUCUUAAAUACACAUUUUGUAGUUUCACAAAAUCUAUAUUUAGCAACGAAAGAUUGCAAAUCCAACAUUUUGGAAGUCAUGACCAGUUUUCUUUCAUUGCAUAUGGAAAAUCAGACCGGCAUAGAUUGAAUACACUUAAUGUUUUUGUCCUCUUUAAAAACGAAUCUAUGCAUAUUGUUAACAGUAUCAGGGGCCAGAAGUACUUCACGGUUUAGGGUGGGAUUAAAUAAAGUUACUACAUUAAAUCCAUUUAUUAUGUUUAACCUGAAAUUUAAAGAAAUAUAAACUACAUUUCUAAGAAUAGCUGUGUCUGCAACACUGCAAUACGCUCAUAGAACAGUCCAAACGUGUUAGCCAGCAUUGCCCUACACUGCUAUUCACUUUAACUCAUCAGUGGUUACAUUUAAAUGCUCUUUAUAUUGUUUCUAUACCAGGGUUAUAGAUUAUGACACAAUAUUAUUUAAAUAUAAUAUAACAAAUGUAUCAUUUAAGAAAUCAAAUGAAUGUGAGCGAGACUACGUUCGGCUAAAAACCUGUUAUCAGUCAUUGCUUUCAAAUGAGAUUAACCUGAGCAACAUGUUUCCCUCCUUAUGCUGUUCCUCUGGCAAUUAAACACACCACAUACUGUAGACAGCUAAAUGUAUUUUGGGAAGAUGUUAAUGCGAUGACACUGGACCAAUGCCUGAAUGGAAGCAAUAAGAAUAAGCACAACUGUCUGAAUUCAUUUCUUGUAAUACACUGAACGUGCAUAUUUUUGAAUCUUGAUUUACAGGAAACAACAGAAAGGCAUGGUGUUAGGAGAGAGAUCCUGCACUCUUUAGGUUUUAUUGUACUUGUAUGCAUAUGAUUUCUCAGUUAUGAUACCAAAGUAAAGAGUGUAGCUUAGAUGUAAGUUUUCAAAUGAUUGUUCCCCAGGUUUUCUUCCAAAAACUGUUCGGACUGACCUUGAAAAAUGGAUAGGAGUAAAUUUAGGAAAAGUUCUGAAAAAUAUGGCGUUAUUUAAAGCAAAUCCCUGUUUAAUUUAAAACCGAAUCAAUUAAACAUUUAAGUUGUGAUGUGAAUUCAAUCAUCAGCUAUAACUGUAUACAGUAGUUUAAGAACUAAAAUGCAUGACAACUUUUUUUCUCGGCAUGGAUGAUAGUCUUUGAGGAUGAUCCCUUAUUGUAUAUGCCAAGAGUUUUAUCAUUUAAAUCGACAUGUUUAUUAGUUUCUGUUUAUCAAGUCCAGUUUAUCUAUUACCUCAUGCCCCUGUGGAACAUUUAACUUGCACAGAUUAAAGAUUAUUAAUGUGUUAAGAAGGGAAUCUAUAGGAAGGAGGAGAUGUUGGUCACAAUGACUAAAAUGUAUAGUCAUUUAACCCGGUAUUCUUGACUCUUUGUUCAUGUUGCUUUUUUUUAGAAGUUUGUGGGAUGUAGUAAAAUAUAAAGAGCAUUUUUUGGCUAAUAAGUGAGUGUUCUUUACCCAACCUUAAACAUGUAUUAUGCUCAUAGCCUUCUGUGAAGGUUAGAAACACUGGUGUGUGAAGACUGCACCUCCUCAGUGGUAAAAACAAAAAGCAUUUUUACUGAAUAAUUAUUUCUGAGAUUGUUUUUUGCUUUGAUGUUGCCCACCUGAGCCCUUAAAUAAAAGAAAACACACAUGUUUUAGCGAAUUAAAAAAGGUUUAUAGUGUAAAAAGCAUAGUAAUAAUAUAAUGUGUAAUAGGGAGCAGCCAGGCUGAACAAACCUGCUUAUUUUUAUACUAAAUUCUUUUUGAUAGAGUACAGCAAUCAAUAUUUAUCUGUUUUUAUCACAGUACUACAAUGAAAUCUCUACUGAGAGACAAAAAUAGGAUUCUUGUCUCACGUUUCAAUGAUUUAAUUUCUGUCAUGAUUAAACAGGUAUUUCUCUUAAAGGGAUGAUUGGAAAAACCUUUGACCUCUGUAGAAGUCUUCCUAUG